GCGUGCCCCCCACCCCACCCCAACCCACCCCACACGACACCAUACCACAUCACACCACGAUCGGAGAGCGGACGGCAGCCGGCUGCUGUGGUUUAGUUUAACCAGGUUGGAGGAGCACCGCCUACGGAGACGACGAGAACACCACCACCCUAGGCUUAGUUUAGAGAGAGCGAGAAUUAUUCUUGAACGGAAACAACGCCUCUUCCUCUCAGAAGGAGAAAGAUCUGAACGGCCGGAAGAAGGAAAAGGAUCAUGAUGAUGAGCAGCUCUUCUUCUUCAUCCCCAGCCAGAGGCAGCAGCUUUUUCACAGGAUUUACCCGAUUGUGCAAAGGCCUUGCCGUGAUACUUGUUGGAGGAUAUGUUUUACUGCAAAUAUUUCCUACAGCUGUCAAUUAUGUCGCACUUAUUCCUGCAAGGACAAUUCCAUUUGCGUGGAACCUCAUCACUGCUGGCUACAUUGAGCAAUCACUUCCAGGGGUGGUCAUCAGCACAGUUGGUCUUCUUUUAUUUGGGAAAUUGCUGGAACCGCUAUGGGGUUCUAAGGAGUUCUUGAAGUUCAUUAUUGUGGUGAAUUUUUUAACUUCAGUCUGCGUCUUUCUUACUGCCAUUACAUUGUACUACAUAAGAAGGCAGGAAAGUUACCUUUAUACCCCUCUUUCUGGCUUCCAUGGGGCUCUCUCUGGAUUUCUAGUAGGCAUUAAACAAAUUAUACCAGAUCAGGAGUUGAAUCUUAUUUUUCUUUUGAAGAUCAAAGCAAAGUGGAUGCCAACUAUUGCCGCAUUGAUCUCAGUAGCUAUAAGCUUUUUUACAACAGAAUCUGUAUCUUUUCUUCCAACUAUACUAUUUGGCAUUUAUAUGAGUUGGAUUUACCUGCGUUAUUUCCAAAAGAAGCCAGAAACAGGCCUUAAAGGAGAUCCAAGUGAUGAGUUUUCUUUCUCCAGGUUCUUUCCUGAAGUUUUAUGGCCAAUUUUGGACCCUGUUGCUUCAUUAUUUGAUCGGGCUUUUUGUGGAAGGUCUGAAACUUCUUCUGAAACGAGAGGCGAUACAUUGACUCCGUUGCCUGGUUCAGAUCCUAUUGAGGCAUCUAGGAGAAGAGAACGGGGAGCAAGGGCGCUGGAACAGAGGUUGGCAGCUGAGCAACUAGAUGUUACAGGGAGCGUAGAGGUUACAUCGCGUGAAAAGGCUGCUGACAAUGUUUGAGAACUCAUCAAGGAAUCUGAUAAGUUCGCUGCUGUGCUAUGUGUCUUUGCAAACAAAUUCUAUUGGAAAAUGCAUUCCUUUGCUAGUGCAAAUGGCUGCAGUCUUCAUGUGGAGAGACCAUCAGCUUACAAGGUCUUUUUUUUUGUACUUUUUUUACUAUGUCGUGGUAGCAUUUAAAAGGAAAGUCUUUUCAAAUACAAUAUAGAAAAGCAGUUUGAUAGCAUAUUUAGCUUUUGUUUUCCAA